AUGAGUAUUUACGUGUGGAAAGUGGGAGAAAUUGCGCUUGCCCGAUUGAGCAGAAAAGUGUACGCUAAAGUUAGAGUAGUGAAGAAUGAAGACGGUGUUUUCCAUGACGAGAAAGUUCUAGGCAUAUCGUGUAAAGAAGACGGCAGCAUAAAAGUAACGAAACAACUGUGCUACCAUGUGGAAAUAAGCCGCACAGGCCAGAAUCUGUGGCUACCUUACACCAGUCUGUAUUUAGCCGAGCGUUCUAGACCGUUCUAUGGAAAGGAUAAAGUCCUGAACAGUAAACCAGUGCCAAAAACUAACUCUAUGCCUAGAAAGAGAAAAGUAAAAGAAGAUCACAUACUUCCAAUGGAAGUUAAACUAACAAAACAUAACGACCCUGAUUUGAACACAACCUUUGACAUUCGUCACAUGCCAAUGAAGCUAAGCAAAUACGAAAAUGCCUUCAAAGAAUUUGUACGCAGGGGCAAAGAGACUUUAUUCGACCACUUCUAUAAUGUUUUAGAAGAGAACAUGAAUGUAAACCUGGAUAUACUGGAUUAUUUGAAAAAUGUUAAUGCCAGUACGGAAGAUAAAUUUGAAACAGUGAUUAAAAAUAUUGUAACAGAAAAGGAAAUUGAGAAUUAUUUGCACCAGUGUUGGAGGUAUAACUUUGUUAACUGGCAAUCUGGUGCUAUGGAGAACAAGGAGGGAUGUGAUCAUUCUAAGUCAAACUCACCAGAGAAGACAAUAAUAACACUGCAUACAUCAUGGUGCCUCGUUUGCGGACAAAAGGAUAAGUUACGCGAGUGUGUCAACUGCCCCUCGUCCUUCCAUCUGGCCUGUCGCAAAGAAUGGCUUGUCACGAUUAUACAUCGCAAGAAUCCUCCUCAGAAAGUCGCCAAACCCACCACUAUAGUACAAAAGAUUCUAUCAAGUACGCGCACUAUAUGCUCAGUGAAAAAAGACCGUGAGCCUACUGACCUGUGCCCCAGUUGCAUGUGGGGCCCCAGAGUUGGAUACGACGAUGUGGUGUGGCACCGGCUGCGCGGCUGCCCGUGGUGGCCAGCGCGAGUGCUGACGCCCGGCGCGGCGCCGUCGUGCCUGCUUGCGCGGACGCACAGCCCCACGCACUGGCCGCUGCGCUACUACGGCACACUAAACUACUCGUGGGGCGAAUCGGAACGCAUGUCGCUAUUCCUACCGGCGCACGCGUCGCAAGCAUCACUCGCGGCGCUGGAGGCACGCGACCCGAUGUUGAGACAGGCACUGCUCGACGCUUGCGACGACUAUAUUUCUGUGUACCUCACUUAAUUUUUUAAGAACUGUUAAGGUGAUAUGUCACGGUCAAGUUUCCGUACAAAAGCUACAUUCAUUGUAAUAAAGUCGUAAUUUCAUUUGCGGCAAUGUAAUGACACUAC